UCACAGGAAAGCAAAUAAAACCACAUUGCAAUACAGGUGUGAAAGAUGUAAUAAACCAAGAGGAAAAAAAAAAACAGGUCCUUUGAAUACCAGGGCAAAUAAUUGUCAGGCAUAUGUGUCAUUCCAAUUUUUGACCCAUUUGAGUAAAAAAGCAGUAAUAAUUCGGCAACAACUAAAACACAAUGGACACAGUUUACAGAUAAAAGAGGAAAAACACCAAUCACGCCCAGAUCACAGCUUACUGCUUUAUAUAGAUGCUUUACUUGAUCAGGGGAAAAAACCCAUGGAAAUAUUGUGCAAAGCAUGGAAAUGGGCUAGAGAUCAAGGGCAUUUUGAUGUGCACGAUAGAAGAUACUAUCUGACACCAGUUGACAUUAAGAAUAUAUGUCAACGUUACAAAAUGGAUAAAAGAAUUCACCAGAAUGAUGCUGUAGCUGUACACGAGCUAUGCACACAAAUACUGAAGGAAGAGAUAAUUUUCUACCAAGAAUUGAAAGAGGGAGUACAGCCAUUAGUAAUUAUUUACCAGAAUGAAGCACAAAGAAAAAGAAUGGUGAAACUAGCAGAAAAUGUGGUGUUUUUAGAUGCUACAUAUAAAGGAUUAACUGCCUAUGGUUAUUCAUUCUAUGCUCUUGUUGCAAGAGAUGAACAGCAAGGCCGAGGCACUCCUCUUUCGUACUGUAUCUCGUCAGAUGAUACUGGUGAAGUUGUCAAAAUAUUUCUGAGAUCUCUGAAGACUACGGCUGAAAAUCAUGGAUUUGAUUUCCGUCCAAGAUCUUUUAUGGUAGACAGAGAUACCAAAGAAAUCAGCGCAAUUAAUGAAGUAUUCCCAAACAGCUCUGUUUUACUUUGCUGGUUUCAUGUUUUACAGGCUGUGUACAGAUUUUUGAAUAAAAAAGAAUCUGGUGUAUCAGGACCCAUGCACGCACAUACCAGAAAAAAAGGUAUUGACUAUAUUAGAACUAUGAAAAUAUGUACCAAGAAAGAAGACUUUUCUCAAAAAGUUAAAAUGUUGCAAGAGAAGAUGCCUUCCAAACAAAUAGCAGACUACUUGUUAGACAACUGGUGUACUGACAAGUGGGGAUGUCGAUGGGCCAACUAUGGAAGACAUUUUUUUCAUGAAGAUCAAGAUACAAAUAACUUAGUUGAAAGGUUUUUCCUGGGCAUGAAAUACCAUUUCCUUGGUGGGUAUGCCAAUAGCAGAGUAGAGGACUUACUACUCCUUCUCCAUGGAAAUGUAACUAUGUUUUAUGACUAUCUGGAUGAACUCGUAAAGAUUGGUCGCCUGAAAAAUAUGGGAGGACAAAGGGGAGACAAAAGUAAAUUGACAGCAGAGAAUAUGCUCAAGGCAGGACUCGACCAAACUGUGCAAUGGACUUCAUCCACAGAAUGCACUGUUCCAUCACAGACAGCAUUUGGGACGAUUUAUAAUGUGGACAUUGUCAAUGAAGUGUGCAAUUGUCCAGCAGCAACAACAAGAGGAAUGUGUAAGCAUGUUCAUUUAGCUGAAUUGAUUGCUUCUAAAAGGAACAUCGACCUUACUGUAGAGCGCAGAUCAGAAGCAAUGGAUGUAUUUAAUGCAGAACAAUAUUUUUAUGACAGAGAUAACAACCAGGUAGAGGUUUUGUCAAGAUUGGGAAAUGUAUCAGUUGUUAAUUUGACCUCUUUCAAAUGUACAUGUUUUGCCAAUAGCCAUGGUAAACAUUGUGUUUGUGUGAUGGUAGCAAAACUGGUAGUUCCAUCACCUGACAUAGAGUCUACCUCAAUUGAUGAAACAAAACAACAAUUAAUUGAAGACAAAGAAACAACCGACCAGGCUAUUAAAAGAAAAAUUGAGGAAAUCAAUUUAUAUGUAAACAAUAAAAAUUUCCAGACAAUUGACGUGAAAAAAAAGAAAGCUAUUUGUCAAGCACUCACAACGGCAUUACAUAUUUGUAAGACAACCAACUUUUCCAAAACAACAAGAAAGCGAAAGCAGCAACCGCUGUUUCCAAGCAGAAAAUCCAAAAGUCCAAACACUGAUCAUGACUAUUCAGUAAGCCGAAAGUGUGUUCUGAAAAAACGGGGGCGUAAAGUUAAUGAUGAUGGAAGUUUCAAAUCUACGCACAGAAAGAAAGGAUCCAUUCGUAAACCAUUUCAAUGAAAAAAAUAAUGAAAUAUUAUACUGAUUUUGAAAAACUGCCUUUUCUAGAUAUUCGUUCAAAAAUUGUAUAUGUUACAUAGGUGCUUAAAUGCUUUAAAAGUAGGACAUAUACAGUUUGCUCUUGAAAUGUUUUGCAAAGAUACUGAUGUGAACAAAUGGAUAUAAUUUAAUAUAACAAAUACCUAUUCCUAAUGAUGAUUUUGUCAAGCAGAUAACUUGGCUAAUUAUUACAUUGGACUAGGUCUGUUUGUUGUCUCAAGUAGGUUAUAUUUUUUAAGCAAAUGAUCAAAUAUGUUUUAAGUUAAGAUAAUACGUGUCAUGUGUCUAAUAAAUCAUUACCUGGCA